CGGGAAUUUCUCCGGUACAGUGGGAGGGCUUGUAUUUUAACUACUCUUCACGAUGCGGUCGACUGGUCAUCCUGAGCUUCUUUUCUCAGCACCAAACUUUCAAUAACUCCUUCAUCCUUACUCAAUCUCAUUUAUUUAUUCUCUUAUCUCCCUAUAUAUCUAACACAUAUCACAUCAUUUAUCAAGGGGGUUUUCCCGACUCGUUCCAUCGAUGCCAGUUUCCUGUUGAUUCUAUACCCCCGAAGUCGCUCCGUGACGGCGGCCUACCCGCCAGGAAUCUUACAGCUCCAGGAUGAAAUUUGCCAAAGAAUUGGAACAGGAGCUAGUCCCUGAAUGGCGGGCCAAAUACCUCGACUACAAGGCGGGCAAGAAAAAGGUCAAGGCCAUUACGCGCGCCUUGCAAAAAGCGAGUCGCAGUCCCUAUCCCCAGCCAAGCCGCCCAUCCUCCUCCCAUCAUGGCCAUAAACGAUCUCCGUCCGGAUUGACCAGCGAGCAAACCGUUCCUCCAACGCCCAACCGUCCGUCAGACAAGCGGCUCACUCCCUCAGACCCGUCGCAAAAUAAUUACCCGACGCCGUCUGCAAGGCCAGGGAACAAUCCUGCAUCGUCCGGUCCGCGUUCCACGCCUGUGCCACGUAGCGCGGAGCGUCAACCGCUACACUCCCCGGGGUCUCGAUUCUCUGCUGCUGCCGUCGGGAGCUAUGGGAGCAUUCUCACAUCGCCGCAGCAUGGCGCACCCACUGCGUCGGACAUGGCAUCGCUGGAGCUACCCGAUCCUGCCAUCGACCCUCGCGAUGAUCAAUCCGAUAAAAUGGACGGCCACGGCGGCGAGAAGGAUCACAUCCAUUUCACCUCCAGCCCCGGUAAUCCAGAGAGUCGGGAUCCUUCGUCAGUCUCCCCGCGCCAUGUUAGCCUCCCUAGUCACUCCGAUACAAAACCGUCCACACCAAAAACGCCUGAGCCCGGCGCAAAGAGAAGGUCUCAACUCCUGAAGCGAGUCUUCCCCCACCAAGAUGUGGACCCGUCGACAGAAAAACAGGGUCAAUCUGAAGCUCCUCCCUCGUCGGAGGUCGACCGGCGCCAAGACGAGUUCUUCGCAUUCCUGGAUGAGCAGCUGGAGAAGAUCGAAUCGUUUUACCACAUGAAAGAGGAAGAAGCUUCCCAACGAUUACGAUUGCUACGACGGCAACUGCAUAUUAUGCGCGACCAACGAAUCCAGGAAGUUAUCGGAGCGCAGAAGAAGUUCGGAAAAAGGAAAAGUGGGAAAAAGGACGGUCCGAAUCCGAAAGCCCUGACUGGGUUAAACGGCCGUAUGAUGAAGGAUGUCUUGACGGGACGGAACCGAUUCGGGAAAAAUACAGAAGCGUUGGCACGGAUGGCUACAACUACACCAAGGACUCUUCAGGCACAGGAUCGUGAAUCAAUCACCCGUCGGAGGGACUUCUCGCGUCGACCGGAAGAGGAAGAAGUGGGUGAAGCGGAGGAUGAAGACGACGAAGAUUCGCCCAAUGUCGAUGUACCAUAUCGCUCUGCAAAGAGGAAGCUGAAACAUGCCCUCCAAGAGUUCUACCGUGGCCUCGAGUUGUUGAAAGGAUAUGCCUACCUCAACCGGACGGCAUUUCGGAAGAUUAACAAAAAGUAUGACAAGACCGUCCAAGCUCGUCCAACUUUGCGUUACCUGUCGGAGAAGGUCAAUAAGGCCUGGUUCGUCCAGAGUGAGGUUACCGAGAACUUGAUGGUCGCAACGGAAGAUCUGUAUGCUCGCUAUUUUGAGCGUGGGGAUCGCAAGCUGGCGAUCUCCAAGCUCCGUCGUAUCGAUAACAAGUCGGGAGAUUACUCUUCCAACACUUUCCGCUCUGGCCUUUUUUUGAUGGCAGGUAUAUUGUUUGCGAUUCAGUCGUUGGUCUAUGUUGGGCAACACAUGCGCAGUGGGGACCCUACUCUUCAUGUUCACACAAGCUAUUUACUGCAGAUUUAUGGAGGUUAUUUUCUCGUUGUUUUCCACUUUUUACUCUUUGCUUUGGUCUGCAUGGUCUGGACCAAAGCCAAAAUCAACCACGUUUUUGUUUUUGAGUUUGAUACAAGGCAUGCAUUGGAAUGGCGUCAGUUAUUAGAGAUACCAUGCUUCUUUUUGUUCCUCUUGGGCCUGUUUAUGUGGCUCAAUUUUUUAAAUGUUAAUGCUAUGUAUAUAUACUGGCCGGUGGUCCUCGUGGGACUGACCCUAAUUAUUCUCUUCCUACCGUUCCGUGUGCUCUACCAUCGCAGCCGACAAUGGUGGGCAUAUUCUAAUUGGCGUCUGGUUCUCGCGGGUCUAUAUCCUGUUGAAUUUCGUGAUUUCUUCCUUGGAGAUAUGUACUGUUCUCAGACAUAUGCCAUGGGUGUAAGUGCGCUUUGGAGUGUCAGCUGCGCAGUACUAAUAUUCUCCAGAACAUCGAACUGUUUUUCUGCCUCUACGCAAAACACUGGACGGACCCACCGCAAUGUAAUUCAUCCCAUUCGCGCCUUUUAGGAUUCUUCCAAUGCCUCCCAGCAGUUUGGCGUGCCUUUCAAUGUUUGCGCCGGUACGCAGACACGCGAAACCUGUUCCCGCAUAUGAUGAACUUUGGCAAAUACAUAUUUUCGGUCCUCUAUUAUGCGACCUUGAGCAUGUAUCGGAUCCAAAGGAUCCAGCGAUUCGAGGCUACAUUCAUUACAUUCGCCUUGCUGAACGCCGUGUACACUUCAGUGUGGGACUUGGCCAUGGACUGGAGUUUAGGUAACCCCUACGCUAAACACCCUCUCCUACGUGAGGUCCUAGCAUUCCGGCAGGUAUGGGUGUACUACGUUGC